AUGGAGAACACCAGUAUGGUGAAUGAGUUUGUACUCUUGGGAUUAACUGAUAACCCAGAGCUGCAAGUGCCUUUGUUCCUGACAUUCACCCUCAUCUAUGUCAUUACUCUCACUGGGAACCUGGGCAUGAUCAUGUUGAUCUGGCUGGACUCCAGUCUCCACACCCCAAUGUAUUUUUUCCUCAGUAACCUGUCUGUGGUGGACUGUGUUUACUCCUCUGCUGUGACUCCCAAGGUGAUGGCUGGGCUUCUGGCAGGGGAUAAAGUGAUCUCCUAUGGGGGAUGUGUUGCCCAGAUGUUUUUCUUUGUGGCUUUUGCCGUUGUCGACUGUUAUCUGCUUGCGAUCAUGGCUCUUGAUCGUUAUGCUGCUGUAUGUAAACCCUUACAUUACACCACCACCAUGACUCCCAGUGUUUGUGCUCACAUGGUGAUUUGCUGCUAUGUCUGGGGCUUGAUUGAGUCUGCUAUUCACACUGGGUUUACCUUCUCACUCUCAUUCUGUGAUUUGAAUGUGGUCCAUCACUUUUUCUGUGAUCUCCUCCCAAUGCUGGCCCUCUCCUGUUCUGAUAUCUAUGUAAAUGAGAUUGUUCUGUUUAUCUUUGCAUCAUUCAAUGUCUUUUUUGCCCUGAUAAUCAUCAUGACCUCCUAUCUGUUCAUAUGCAUUGCCAUCAUGAAUAUGUGCUCAGCAGAAGGACGAAGAAAAGCCUUCUCCACCUGUGUAUCUCACUUCACUGCGUUGACCAUAUUCUAUGGAACUGGGAUCUUCAUGUACUUGCAGCCCAGUUCCAGUCAUUCUAUGGACAAGGAUCAAAUGGCAUCAGUGUUCUACACAAUAGUCAUUCCCAUGUUGAACCCAAUUGUCUACAGUUUAAGGAAUAAAGAGGUUAACAAUGCCUUCCAGAAAGCCAUUGAGAAGAUGAAGACACUGUUUGGAAUAAACUUUUAA